AUGAGGGCUGACGUGAUAAAAAAAAUGGAAGGCUUGCCAUAUGAUCAAGCAUGGGAACUCUUUCUUAAAAAUGCAGGUGAAAAUGUAAUCAACUCAGAGCCAGGAAUUACUCGACUAGCAAAACAAAUUGCCGAAGAGUGUGCCGGUGUGCCCCUUGCUCUCAUCACAGUGGGCAAAGUCGUGUCCGCAAAGAGGUCAAUAGAAGCUUGGAAUGAUGUUCUCAAGCAACUGAAGAAAUCACAUCUGCCGAAAGUCACGGGUAUGAAAGAACGAGAUCCUAUGUUAGCCGCCUUUAAACUUAGCUAUGAUAAUCUGGAAGAUGACAAUAUGAGAGCUCGCCUGUUGUGUUGCUCUUUGUGGCCCGAAGAUUUUGAAAUUCAUAAAGAUGAACUAAUUCAGUGUUGGAUAGGCCUUGGUCUGAUUGAUGAGUUUGAUUCGAUCAAUGAAGCAUUCGAUCGAGGGCAUUCCCAUAUCGAGACUUUGGCAUCUGCAUCCUUGUUAGAGCUUAUUGAUGAAGAGACUACAAUAAUGGUCAAGAUGCAUGAUGUGAUCCGGGACAUGGCUUUAUGGAUAUCCUCGGAUUGUGGAUCCAAUCAACAUAAAUGGAUUGUUGUUGCACAUGCUGGAUUGAGACAGUUGGAACAAAAGAAUGAGGAAUGGCAAGUGGUAGAGCGAGCAUCAUUCAUGCAUAAUGAAUUAACUUGUUUGCCAGGGCAGACUGCAACUUUUCCCAAACUUUCAGUGCUUAUGCUCCAACAGAACAUAUUUCUACACUUAAUUCCUAAGUCAUUUUUCCGGUCUUUGCCUGUUUUGACAUUCUUGGAUCUCUCGUAUACAAUGAUCAGAGAGCUUCCGAGGGAAAUCAUUAUGUUAUCUGAGCUCCAACAUUUAAACUUGAAUUUCACCCCAAUUGAAGCACUGCGAAUAGAAUUGAGUAACCUUGCUAAACUCAAGUACUUGCUUCUGGAAGGAACUCAUAGUCUUGUCCAAGUACCCAUGGGAACAAUAUUCAACUUACCUUUGCUCAAAUUGUUGAAUUUAUACAAGAGCAAGUAUUCUAACUUGGAUGAGCUAGAGAGAUGUCAAGGAUGUAGGAAAAACAUUGGAAUUACCCUGCACUCAAUGACAGACCUUGAACGGUUGGGUUCUCUAUCACAAUUAUCUUCAUGGAAACUCCAACUACAAAACAUGAGAGGCUUGGCUUAUUCAAGCCAACUAUUUGAGAAUAUCAUGAGUAGUCACAACACAAGGCAGGACCUAGAACGCCUAGAGAUUGCAAAUGUCCUGACAAGUGGUGAAUUAAUUAUUGCUCGGAGCAACAAGGAUAGUACGGACGGCCUUGAAAGUUUGAGGUACAUGGCGCUUAUAAAUGUCUAUUGGCAGAAAAUCACUUGGAAAGCAGUCAAGCCUCAAACGGUAUUUCCUAAUCUUCACGAAUUGACCAUUGAUAAUUGCAAAAUAUUGAGAAAUAUCACCUGGGUUCUUCAGCUACCAAACCUCAGUGUCUUGACAGUAUCAAAUUGUGGUGAGAUGGAAGAAUUGAUAAGUUGUGUUGAAAGUUUUGCCAACUCUAGCGUUGGCUUACGCUUACUGACUUUAGUUGGAUUGCCCAAAUUGAAUUGUAUCUCACGGCAGCCACUAAACUUCCCCUACUUGGAGUGGAUGCAUGUAAUCUCAUGCCAUAAACUCAGAAAGCUUUCGUUUGGAGCUGAAAUCUGUCAAAAUAAAUUGAAAAGUAUAGUUGGUGAAGUGGAUUGGUGGGAAAAUACCCAGUGGGAAGAUGUCAAUGACAAGAAUUCUCUCGACGUCUAUUUCAAAUCUGAUUGGUUCAUGGAGGCGUUGGAGUCCACUGUCACCAUAACUUAUGCGGAACAGGCGAUGGAGUCAAUGCAGGCGAUGGAAUCAACUAGCACUAUAACUGAUGCGGAACUGGCGCUGAAGUCAACUAGCAGCAUAACUUAUGCGGAACAAGCGAUGGAGUCAACUAGCACUAUAACUGAUGCGGAACAGGAUUGGUUCACGCAUGUGCUGAAGUCAACUAGCAGCAUAACCUAUGCGGAACAGGCAAUGGAGUCAAUGCCGAUGAUGGAGUCAACUAGCACUAUAACUGAUGAGGAUUGGUUCAUGCAGGCGCUGAAGUCAAGUAGCAAUAUAACUUAUGACUCGAAAUGA